AUGUUUGGUUUAAAAAUAACAACUAAAGUAUACUCCCACCUCACUGAAUUACCGAAAAUACGAAACCAAGCGUUGCUGAAGGACAAGGAUUCCUCGACUACCACCUUACCAGUUGUUACAAAUGCCAGUGACCUAAAUAGCAAGAAUGACAACGACUACUUCACCCUUCAUCUGACAAUCGCUGUUUUAGCAGGAUUGUUGUUUAUAGUAUCCAUAAUCCUGUUUGGGGUCUUGAGACUGCAAUGGAAGAACCAACAACAAACAGAUUCAAGAAAUAAAGCUGUUGUAGAGAAUCAACAUGACUUCGAAGAAAGUUUGCCGUUGAAUGUUAUGAAUGUGGAUGCUCAGCUUAGCUUAGCGGCAGGAAAUGAGAGAAACCAAAGUGAACCGUUUUUCCAAUCGGAUGGUGUUUAUACCGAGCUGUGUUCAGAGUCAAUGAUGGCCUCUGAAGACCAUAGAUCCCGAACGUACACUUCCCUCGUGAAAUCAACAGAAGAAGACAGCGACAUCGAAUAUGACAAUCAAAUAUCUGCUCCUGAGUAUGUUAAUGCUUAGGUGAAUUGUUCAUAAGACGGUUA